AUGCCAUGCUUUUUAGCAGGAUCUGAGAUCAUUCGCUGCGAGCCUUAUUCCUGGUGCGUCAGAACGAAUCGACUCAGUGACGUGUGCAGCUUCUGUAUCAAGCAGAAGAAACGCCUUCAGUUCUGCGAAAAAUGCUCCGUUGCCGUGUACUGCAGUGAUAAAUGUCAGGAGAAUGAUUACGUGAAUCAUCGUCUGGAAUGCUCACUCCUGAGAUCAGCGACCGAGAGACUAGACACUACCACACGUUUCUGUAUCCGUACACUAACUCUCAAGAAACGGGAAAUCUCACUCGGACGUAUAACCCGUGGGGAGAAGUUCAGGAAAACACUCGCAGACCUCGUAGCGCCACUCUGGGAGGGAGACCAGGAGGACAAAGUGAGGAACGCGAAAAAAAUCUUCGCUCUCAUCCAGAACCGUAUGAAAGUCACUCUCCGAGAAGUCCUAGUCUGCCUCCUCCAAUUGCACGUACAUUCGAUAGCCGUCGAGGACUACAAAGGGGCUCCUCUGGGACGCGGUCUCUAUUUGGAUCAGACUGAAUUCGAUCACAGCUGCGAAGCGGAGUCGAGAGUUGGUGCUCAUUUCGACGGCAAGAUAUUCGUGUUGCGAGCUCUCCAAAACUUCAGAGUGUGUUCUCUAGCCAAGAUCCGGAUGUCGUUCGUCCCGCGGAGCUUGCCUGUGAUGCGCCGUCAGGAACUCCUCGCGCAGGAGUUCUAUAUCCAGUGUGAGUGCGCGAGCUGUUUGGCGGAGCUACAAGUGUGUCGGAGAGAAAAUGCCAUCGAGAGGUGUCUGCGAGAUUUGCUCUCCGCUGACAUUGAGAUGGAGAGAAAAUUCUCGCUCACGUUGGAGAUCCUUCCAAAGUGCGAGGGCAGAGUUCACUCGUACUAUUUAUCGAAAGUAUACGGGAAUCUCGCCUCAUUCAGCAACAGUUUGGGGCGUUACGAGGACGGUAUCGAGUUCGCCGCGAAAGCUCUACAAUACGAGGGAGAUCUACGUCUGGUUACUGGAUUGUUCGAGGAGCUCCUUUAUGCGAUGAACGAACUGGAGUGGAACGAUUUCCGGAAGUCGAAUUUCGGUCUUUUCCUCGAUACUUUGCAGUCACACAAGCGGUUGCUUGAGAGCCGCUUGGGGAAAGAUCACAAGGAAACCGAGAGAGUGAGCAGAGUCUACUUCUUCUAUCUGACACGAUCGUAUGUCAGCUCCAAAAUGACGUCUCUCCAUGAGAUGCUGCGGGAGAAGCUUAGUUUCGUGAGCGCGAGACUACUGCUCGUAGCGAGAGUUGCCAUGAACGGGGAAGGCGGUGUAGCCUCCAAACGAACGAAUAGCAGAUGA